UACGAUAUUGUGAAGACAGUACAUUGUUGUGAAUGGUAUUUGAUGUAAUAGAGUUAUUAUUAUUAUUGUUAUUAUUAUUGUUAUUGUUGGGUAUAAUAUUGGAAGAGGAAUUCACAGUUUGUUGUGUGGAAAUAUCAUUCAAAACUGAAGAAGUUACGAUAAAGUAUUUGAAUUGUUCUUCGAAACCUGUUUCUUCACUUUCUGGUAUAGCCAAACUGAUAAAGGCCUAUAUAGUAAAAAUAAGUUCCAUGCAGUUCAGUCUCCGAAUAAUCUUCUUUCCGUUUUUUUUUUUUCUUUUUUUCU